AUGGAGUCGCAAAAUCAUGCAACCGCCCCUGUACCUGCACCCUCGCGUGCGGAAUUGAUCCAAAAGUAUCACCAACAACUGUUGUCUGGGAUAGAACGGAUCAAGGCGCAUCUUUCUUCGCCAGAAAUGCCACCAGAAAAAAUAGCAUUUCUCACCAAAAAGCAAGCAGAGCUUGAGGGUCAACUUUUACUAUUUCGGAAUAAAUAUAUCGAUUCAAGUGUUCGUCCAGAAGUUAAUACAGGAGAAGAUCUGCUGUCAAAUAAAUAUUUCUCCCCUGCACCUUCUCAAUCAAUGCAGCCACCGCCACCUUCUCAAUCGACCCCCCAAUCAUCUUCCCAAGCAAUCAAUCAAUUACCAUUUUCUCAACAGGCCCAACCUAUUCAGUUGGCACAUCCUAUGCAGCAGCAAGGCCAUCCAUUUCAGGGAACAAUACCUGUACCAGCGACACAGUUUUCGCAGGGAUUUUCCUUCCCAGCUUCCUCAACCUCAGCUCGACAAAUCUCGCCACCCUCAAAUAUGAUGGCAGCUCAAGUGUCCGCUGGAAACUCGCCACUUACAACUGUUUCUCCCCAAGGGUUUUCAACCCAAUUUUUUCAAGCUCCAGGCCAAUUCUCUUAUCUCCAAUCGCAAUUCAAUUCUUCAGCUGUGCAUCCGCAAGCCACCCCAUCGCCAUCCAUUCAUGGUCAUGUAAGCCAACCACCAGGAUUUCAUCCCCAAGCCAAUCAUGCUUUUGGGCUAUUUCCACAGGCGGUACAGCCUCCUCAGCUUCAUCACCAGGCCAUGAAUUCAUCACCAGCAGUGAUGCACCCACAGAGUGUAAAUUCAUCUCUUUUUUCAAUGAAUGCUCCAUUAAGAAUGCUACAACCCCCAGGCACAGCAUCAUAUUACAAUUCAGCCCCGCAUUCAGCACCAUCUCCUCACUAUUUUUAUCAGCAUCUUCCUCAGCAGUUUUCCCCGAUGGUUCAAUAUAGGACACCGCAACAGCAGCAGUUUCAAUAUCAGCAGCAGCAGCAACAACAGCAGCAGCAGACAUAUCAGCAGCAGCAACAGCAGACAUAUCAGCAGCAGCAGCAGCAGACAUACCAACAGCAGCAACAAUACCAACAACAGCAACAACACCAACAGCAGCAACAUCACCAACAACACCAACAGCUUCCGUCUUAUCCUGCUUCCCACUCUCCUAAUUCUUCAUCAAUGAUGAUGAUGACACCCUCUGUAUUUUCAUCUCCGCCAAAUACUUCUGGAGUUCCGCCAACGUCUGCCAUGAUGGUAGAUUACCCGAUCACCGGCCGCUCUCCUGAUAGUAAUUUUGUUUUCCCAUCUUUUCCUUCACAGCAACAUUUCCUUCAAGGUGGCCACCAGCAAGCUUCUUCCCAAAACUUGCCCCCUCCAUCUAAGUUUCCCUCAGAUUGUAUGACAAGAAAAUCAAUUUCCCCAAGGGCCACUAGCCCUACACCAGUAAAUAACUCCCCAGCAACACCUUUGAUCUCAUCUCGAUCCCCUAUUUCAAUGGUAUCGGAGAGCUCUGCUUCGCCUUCAACCUCUCUUCGCCGUUCUACGCUAAUUGGAAAAUGCGGUAAAAGCAUUUCGCAGGUAGCAGAUGAGCUUUUUCAUUCUGCAUAUGGACUCCCUACUACAAAAUGGCUUUCAGCUUAUGAUUCAAUACUUUUAGAUGCCAGUGCUACGGAGGUACGUAUUUUGUUCAAAUUUUUAAUAAAGGAACUCCAGAGAAAUGUGUUCUCGUAUCUCCAAUUUCUGGUCUUGAAUUGUGUUCUUGCAGCCAAAUUCUCGGGCAGGGACAAUAUUUCAGUAGAAGAUGCGGCAAUUGCUAUCUCAAGCAUUGGAGCGCCUACUUCAUCGCCGAUUUUGGAUAGCUCCCCGUCUUCAGAGACUCGAAGAAGAACAGCUCUUCCACCUUUCCCUUUGGAUGUACGAACGUUUCCAAUUCGCCAUGUGCAAAGGAGAAGCGCUUUAUUAGCACAUAGACUUGUCCCAUCUCUCUACUGCAACACACUGUUAUUUCCGGCUGCGGCAAAGAGACCAAAUACACAUAACAUUCAACAACGUCUGUUGAAAAAAGCUGCUAUCUCGUCUCAAGAAAGCUCUUCCAAUACCACGUUAGUAGAGGAUCCCUCCUUGACGGACCCGAGCAAUGAUUAG